AUGGAUCCCUCAGAGUUCGGGAUGCUCGUCCAACAACUACUUACCAUCUUUGCUUGCUCAUACACUUUAGCUGCACCCGUCGAGACUGAUGCAGUACGAGAACCUACGCCAGAAGGGCUUGUUAGCGAUUUGAGCACUCUACAGACAAGUCUGAAAGCCAUGACAAAGGCAGUCAGUGCCUAUAAUGGAGGGCUCAGCGGUGUGUCUGCCAUCAACACAGCUUCCAAAACGGUCAAUACUGCCAUCGCGCGUAUGGACGACGAUGCAGAAAGUGUUCAGUUGACGGAUGCUGUCAAAGCGCAGCCAGUACUACAAGCGAUUAUCGAUACUGAGCCCGUUAUUCAAGAGACACUCGAUUCGAUCGUCUCGAAGAAAAAGACAUUCAGCAAUGCCUUGCGACCAAAGGUCUCGACAGCAUUGGACAAACUGGUCGUCAACACCCUCAGCCUCGGCAGGAAGCUAGAGGCCGGAUCUACCCCGGAUUUUGCUCCCAAAUUGCGGGCCGAGACGGACAAGCUCGAGGAUUCCUUCCAGAAGGCUCAAACUGACUUCAAAUCUAAACAGUGA